GUAUUAUUAGAGAAGGUCGGACGGACGGACGGACGAUGUGUUGUACCUUAUCGGAAUGUGCGUGUGUGUUUCUCAUGGCGCAGGCAAAUAAUAAAGAAUAAAUACUCGGUUGAAGAAAAUAAAAUCUCGGCGACGAGAAAAUUAGAAGAGUCAAAACAGCCGCCGCCGCCGAACAAUAACAAACAUUGGCUGGUGGACCUGUAGGAUUCAAGAUUGUUGCUCCAGGCUGUGGAUGAGCUGAAGGUGAAGGUGGGGUCUGGAUUUGCUCCCCACAGGGAGGUCAUCGUCAUAAAUUAUGGAAAAUAUUCUGCUGAAGGAAGCAAUAAUCAUGGCCAACAGCAACAACAUGUGUCGCCUGUGCUUAUCGGCCAACGGAAUAACGGAGCCACUUUGCUAUGAUCAGUUUCUGUUGCAGAAAAUCUACGAGUGUACUACGUUGCAGAUCACGCCCCUCAACGGCAUCCCCUCGUCCCUCUGCACAAUCUGCAAGGCCCGCCUCGACGAGUUCUACCAGUUCCGGUGGCAGUGCAUCAAAAACGACGAAAUCAUCCGCCGCAUCGCGGACAACUUCCAACAACAAAAGCCUCCGCCGCAACCACCGAGCAGCAACGAUCCAGCUCCGAGCGAUGAUCCUACAACGACGACUCCCGUGGCCGUUGUCACGGACCACCAGGUGGUCACCAACCCGAAACAGGAGAUCGUUGAGCCUACCGCGGCUCCGCCGCCACAAGUGAUCCAUCCAAACGGGGAGUUGCAGAUCACUCCAGUUGACGGUGGUGGGUACAACCCACAGGAGGGGCGAAGGUCGGACGAGCGGGACUCGGUGUACCAACCGGGCUAUGGCGUUGAUCAUCACCACCAUCACGCUCAGUACGGCAUGGGACAUACGAUGGGCGGUGGGGGAGGAGAGUUUGGGCCGGAGGUAAAGUAUCAUCACGGAACGCCGCACGGUCACUCGUACGAGUUUGCGGAUUUUCGGCGCAAACGUGGCCGACCGCCCAAGCAGAAAUACGACCAAUAUCCUCACCAUCCCCAUCCUAUCGUGAAGUACGGCGAGAGUUCUACUGACAGCAAGGAGGACGGAUCCGGGUCGAGUUCGACGGCGACCGGGGGUUUGCUGGAGGAACCGGAGACGAUGCUGAGUUAUGGGGAGGGAAGUUCGCGGGUUGGUGGCGAAUAUCAGCAGCCGUACGGUGCGUGGCCACCACAACCCAAGAUCAAGCUGGAGCACAUGGAGCAACAGCAGCAGCCGGGACCAUACGAGAGUCAGAUGUCUCCGGUUCCCCCCGAAGGGCGACAUCCGUUGACGAGUACCACCCAGACUCUCCUCACGCCGGAGGGUUUCGUCAAGCGCAGCCGAGGUCGGCCACCCCGGGAAGGGGGCUGCCCAAACCAGGACCGCACCGAGUACCGCUUCCAGUGUCAGUUCUGCGAGGCCCGCUUCAAGGCGGCCAUAAACCUUAAACUCCACACCAACACCCACACCGGCGAACGGCCCUACAAGUGCCAGCUGUGCGAGAAAUCCUUUGCCCACCCGAGCAACCUCAGCGUCCACACCAAGCUGCACACCCAGGAACGGGUCAAGCGCGAAGGCCAAGGCGCGACCCCGUCGGAAAAGAAGUUCCAGUGUCCGUACUGUCACACCCUGUUCGCACUGGCCUUUCAGCUUAAGAUUCACAUCAACACCCACACCGGCCAGAAGCCGUACGUCUGCAAAAACUGCGGCAAAGGCUUCGCCCAGCCGAGCAACCUGCACGUGCACGUCAAGAAGCACUGCCACAAGCGGAUCGAAUCGGCACCUGUUCCGCUGCAACACCACCCUGAACAGCAGCACUAUCAACCGAUGCAGCAUCACCAGCAUGUCGUCCCCAUGCCACCCCAGCAGGCGAAUAGUCCCGAGGGAGGACAGCAAGAGUUGGCGCCGCCACCACCGUCUGCGAUACCUCAGCAGCAGCAGCAGCUUCAUUCACCGCCGGCACCGGAAACGGCACAGACGUCGCAUGCGAUCGGAGGAAUGCCGCCGGUCAUGAUGGCAUAGAAGGUGGAAAGCAAAAAAAAGCAAAAAAAAUCAAAUUAUGAGAAAAUAAUCAAAAAUUAACGUUUAGGUAAACUUAUCCAAUGAGUUGCAGUUAAAGGUUUAAGUCCUGUGAGGAACAUUUAUUAGUCUAUACGUUUAGAAGGUACUAACUUACGCUAGUAAGAAUAACUCUAGUUUUUGCUUUAGAUAAAGAAUGUCUUUUAUUCUACGUACUAUUUUUACUCGCAGCUAACAAAGCAAACUACUCGUAUAUGGAACUAUUUUUAUAUUUGUAACAUUUGUUGAGCAAUAAACGAUUAACAUAA